AUGGUUAUAGUAAUGGUAGGGCAUUUGAGUCUACUAAUUGAUACUGUUUUACAUAUAUUACUAAUCUAGUGGAACGGUGUAGAACAGCUCAGUGUUUGAAAACCGUCAAGAUUGGCAGACCAGAGGAUCUUGGUGCCAAGAAUAUUCAAUCACAGGAUUUGUACAAGGCUCGCAUAGAGGAACCCUUGAACAAGGAGCUUCAGGAUGGGAAGAAAGCCUCUAGCCCUCAAAUCAAGUUUAUGGAUUACGGAGAUAUCAUCAUAUAUGGAAUAAAAAAAAGUUGA